CGCGAGUGGAAACUAGGUUUCGGCGAGCGACUGUCGAGUUGUUGAGCAAAAUGGCGAGAAAAGGUCUCCCGGCGGACAUGAUAGCGGCCACGCUCUGCCGUCUGCCGGCGAAAUCACUGCUGCGCCUCCGCUGCCUCUCCAAGUCAUGGUGCUCCGAAAUAGACAGUCCCUCUUUCGCCCAACUCCACCUCCAAAACUCCACGGGAACCGCCUCCAACCUCAGUCUCGUCCUCCGACACUCUUUUCUCUCCUCCGUGGACCUCGAACGCCUCGACGCCGCCGUCGUGAAGCUGGACCACCCGCUCGAAGCUCACACGUUCGGAACCGAGAUCCUCGGCUGCUGCAACGGACUGCUCGCGCUCCGCAAUUCGGACGAGGAAAUCGCAUUCUGGAACCCUACCACUCGCGAGCACCGGAUGCUCCCCAAGGCGGAGAUCGAGCUUCCUCCGGGGGAUUCCAGGUGGGCGUUCGUCGUCUAUGGCUUCGGGUACGACUCUGUUCACGACGACUACAAGUUAGUCAGGCUGGCUCAGUUUUACCGAGAUGGUGUUUCCUCUUCGGAGGCGAAGGUUUACAGCUUUAGGGCAAAUGCAUGGAGGGGAAUUGGGGAUUUUCCUUAUUACCUUAGAUACCAGAGGUGCCAUGGAGUUCUUGUAAACAAUGCUCUGCAUUGGGUGGUUGGCAGAGAUGAAUCUAGAGGUGGGAGGUUGAUAGUUGCACUGGAUUUGGGAACUCAGGAGUAUCGAGUGGUUGAGCAGCCCGAUUACGGGGAGAGGAAAUUUCACUUGAAUGUGAAGGAGCUGGGAGGCUGCCUCGUUAUCGUAGCGAAUUACCAUCCAGAGUGGGUUGAUCUGUGGGUCAUGAAGGAAUACGGGGUGAAAGAGUCAUGGACUGAACUUGUGACGUUGAGACAGCCAGCUAAACCGUAUACUUUCGAGUUCGUGCUCCCUGUUGCUCAUGUGGGUGAUGGCUCCAAGAUUUUGCUUGUUCAGGAUAAUAACAAGUUGAUUUGCUAUGAUUUGAGAAGUGAGGAGGUUGAUGAGGUCAGAGUUGAAGGUCUGUCGAAAUAUUUUGAAGUGACAUUGCUGGCGGGUAGCCUCGUGAAGCUUAACAGCGGCUGUGAGGGUGUGGCAAAUGCAGUAAACUUGAUCGGAGCCGGUGCUGAUGAGAAUCAGAGCUAGAAGAAGAAGAAGAACAAUGGCGGGGAGAACCAAGGAGAGAGGUACGAGUUUCAACUUUCAAUUCCUUCUCUCUGAUAAAGUGAUUAACAGCCUAAUUUGACUGAACAGAAGAUCUUCCUGGAAUUUAUUCUUCAUUCUAGCUUAGGGAGUUAGUAUGCUGUCAUGUGAGCAAUGUGGCCAUGAAAAGUGGUGGAGACUUGUAUGUUGGUUUUAAGUAAUUUAGCCUUGUGAUUUAAGUCUUUAGGAACACUAGACUGUAUAACUGCAAACUUGAUGUUAACCUGUAGGUAUGCCCUUAUGCAAUAGAAAUAUCCUUCAUAGAAAGAUGAAUAACAAAGCAGUAUGUCUUGGUUUCUAAUGGAGCAUCGAGUUCUUGGUUGCUCUUGUCUCUGCAGACAAAAGGGGCCUUUAAGUGGCAUAUUAGAAUAGUUUAGUGCUAGUUCUACAUUAACUAAUGGAGCAUCGAGUUCUUGUUUUGCUUUCCAGAGUAGGAACCCUCACUAAUGAACUGAAUACUGGUAAAUUGUUUUCUGUUUCAGGCUGUGGGAGGAGACACAGACAGGAGCGACGCUGAUGAUGGCGAUGCCCUCUUUUUAUUAACUAAGAGUAGAAUAGCAAAGUCGUAGUUUAAGUAAGUAUGACCUAGUAAUGGUAGUGUGCAUAAGUAUAUGACCUUGUAAUGACUAAUGAUGCACUUGGCUCUAUCCUUCUUGCUUGAGUAACCCUUUGGCACCUGUGUCCAAUUGUGGUGAAUAGGAACAAUGGUCAAGUUGCUGUUAGAUAUCGAAUAUCGAUAUGUUUUGUUGUCAUAGAGCGUGUUGGCCGGGGACGCGAUAGAUAUCGGAUAUCGAUAUGUUUUGUUGCCAUAGGGCGUGUUGGCCGGCGACGUGAUGAACUUUCACCCGACUGCCUGUAGAAGCAGUAAUGAGUUUGUACGUAGUCGUCUCGUACUUUUGUCAUUCUUCUCUAGAUGAUGAAUCAUUUGAGAAAGUUAUGAUCGAUGUGAGUUAUGAUCGAUGUGUUGUUUAGGAAUGAAGAUAUGACCUUUUCCCGUUACAAAUUGGGAAGUGAUUUCAAGUGAGCUUUGAAUUGAUGAUAAUAAAGAUUGGUCAUUUAU